UUUGACGCCUUUAUUUUAUUGUUGGGAUUUUCCUGGUCCUUUUGUUUUGAUUUUCGGUUUAACCAUCGCCAUCGUCGUCACCAGCACAACCACCUGUAGUAGGGCAUCCCCAGCAAUUCCCAAAAUGGUCGAUAUCAAAUCCAUUUGCCACUUAACAAUUUUAUUGCUGUCAUUCUGUUUUAUGUUGGUGCAUUGUUCGCUGGAGCCUACUGGAGAUCAAUUUCUAGAUAAUCCCACAGAUGUCAAACAAGAUGUCUUAACAAUGCACAAACGUCCUUCAUUCUUUGUCGGCAGUCGCUAUGGCCGUUCAUCGGGCGGUGCUUCAUCUUCGUCAGCGUUGGCUAGCGGUGCUGCCUAUGCACCAUCGAAGACACGUCGGCUGAAUGUUGUGCCACGCAAUGAUAGAUUCUUUUUGGGUUCACGUUAUGGCAAACGAGCGGAAAUCUCCACCGGCACCCAGUUAAGCAAUAAGGCGGCACCCAAACCCAUGAUGCGGUAG